CUGCCGACGAAGCGACGCCCCGCGUGAGGGGUGGCGGCGGCGUUCCGUCUUGGGUCUUGGUAGCCGACGCCGUGGCGAAGGGUUCAGUACAUAGGCUUUCCUUGGGAGACCAGAUUCUGCUUGAUAUGGUUUCUGAGGAAAACCAACCAAAGAAACAAAGAAAUGAGGAAUGCUUUAUAAACUGUCUCCCAGGGGACCUAAUUGAGCAGAUAUUCUUGAGGCUUCCUGUGAGCACUUUGCUGAGGUGCAUUGAUGUCUGUAAGCAGUGGCACAAAAUCAUCCGAGAUCCCCAGUUCGUCGCCUCUCACCUCCAGCAUGCGCCCCAUUGUGUGUUAGUAUUCUUUCCGCAAGAGUCGGUUUCAGGAGAGCCCUACCCCGCUGAUGCUAUCGUGAUUGAUGGAGCCUGGUCACACUCCAAAUAUGCAGUGCCAGUGAUUGGCCCUGAUGAUUUCCUUUGUGGUUCAUGCAAUGGUCUUCUUUGUUUAUACACAAAGACAUCGACGAUCAAGAUAGCUAACCUUGCAACCGGUGAACACCUGCAUCUUGAGAAACCUGUAAAGAGUUCGAGGGGUGAUCACUUCUUGUUCUAUAGCUUUGGAUGUCACCCAUCGACAAAAGAAUACAAGAUUAUACACUUCCUUGCUGAUCAUGUCGAGGGUCGCUAUCGCCCCCAUGAUGACAACAAAUUCAGCGUCAUUCAAGUUUACACGCUUGGUGAUGAGAAAUGGAGAGAUAUCAGAACCCCAGAAGCCCUAAGCUUGAACUGUGUGAAGAACUCUGGUGCAAUCAAUGUUGAUGGAAUAAUGUAUUGGCUAACUGAAGACAUGGUAGCUAGCUGGCAGCAUGCAGUUAUGACCUUUGAUCUCAAUGAAGAAAGUUUUGCACGGAUAGAACUGCCAGCAGUUGCACCUGAAGAUUGUGCAAGUGGGGGUCCUCGUCGGUAUUGGAUCAGAGAAAUAGAUGGGAAGAUAAGCAUAGCAACUGCUCAAACUUAUCCUUCUCAGCCCAGAAGGCUUGUUGGUGACCUGCAGAUCUGGACACUUGACAAUAAGGCGGAGCAAAGGUGGAGCCAGAAGUACAAUAUUCAGUACCCACCAGAUUACAUUCCUGGUCCAAAUUUGGGUCAUGGGGAUAAGAUCAUAUUGCCUAGUUUUGGCUGUAGCCUAUAUUCCUACGAGUUGCUUGGGGAGAACUUCCGUACUAAAUUGGGCAAGAUGGCAAAGCUGUUAGAUUUCAGCCCCCACAAGCCUGGCAACAUGAAAUCCUACAUCUUUGUGAAGUCACUCGUACGUUUAGAUGUGUACAAGAAUGCAGGCAUUGUGCGUAGGCCAAAACAGCGGCAAGGCUGGGAAUUGAAGAAGUGGGAGACAUGGGAGCAGGAGCUCUCUAAGAAUGAAAAAUCGUGGAGCGUCGUUCAUAAGGGUGAGCAUGAUGGAAAUGCAUCUGCACGACGGAAUAGCAUAGCAAUCAAUGGUCUACUGCCGCAUAUAGUGGAUGAUGAGGUUCGGAAGGAAAUUGGCAUCAAAAUCAAUCAAAUAUUUCCGAACUUUCCAGAUCAGCAGCCAAGGUCCCUUCGGCGGCUUAAUUGUGUGGCACAGAGGCAGGAUAUGGAAAAUUUACUUGCUCGCAUGAAGAAUUGGAAUAGUAUUACUAAGGCUACGAGGCAGGUUAUGGAUACAAUCAUUAGUAUGAUGCGCAGUGCUCUUGAAGAUCAGCAGGUUGGUGCUUCAAGUUCAAAUGCCGGCAUUUCACAGAAUCAUGGCGAGGGUGAUGAUACGAAGACUUGAGACUAGAGAGCUUAUCGUGGCAUUCUUCUUAGCCUUGUCUAGUUGUUCAACUACUGAUACUUUUUUGCCUAGAUAGCGAUUUCUGCAGUACAAUCUCUUUGCUUCCUUUCGAAUUUAUGAUACUUAUGGCACCUGUUCUUAAGUCUGUUUGAUCUAUUCAAUAUAUUGAUCUUUUACCUGUAUAAGAUGGCGAUUUCUGCAGUACUA